AUGGAGCAGCAGCCUCAGCAACAGAACCAGUUAAUGGUGCAAAACUCAGGCAGCCUUAGCUUUAGCAGCCAAAUGUCUAAAGAAGAUGAAGAGAUGUCAAGGUCUGCUCUCUCUACUUUUAGAGCCAAAGAAGAAGAGAUCGAGAAGAAGAAAAUGGAGGUCAGAGAGAAGGUUCAAGCUCAGUUGGGUCGUGUUGAGGAGGAGACCAAACGUUUAGCCACGAUUCGUGAGGAGCUUGAAGCGCUGGCAGAUCCCAUGAGGAAGGAAGUUGCUCUUGUCCGCAAGAAGAUCGAUGCAGUGAACAAAGAAUUGAAGCCACUAGGACAUACUGUGCAGAAGAAGGAGAAAGAAUACAAGGAUGCCCUUGAGGCUUUCAAUGAUAAGAACAAGGAUAAAGUACAGCUCAUAACCAAAUUAAUGGAGCUGGUGAGUGAAAGUGAGAGGUUGAGGCUGAAAAAGCUGGAGGAGCUGAGUAAGAACAUCGACUCCAUGCACUGA